AUGUCUACUUUUUUUUCUAUAAUUGUUGACUCAACCCAAGAUAUUACAAAAUUAGAUCAAUCAUUUCUUGGGUUUUAUACAAUCGAUCAUCAUGGUGCCGAAGACUACACAAAUCUCAUAAUAAAUGUCCUAUCUCAAUUAGGCUUAGAUAUUUCUAAAUGUCGUGGUCAGGGGUAUGAUGGUGCCAAAGUAAUGAGUGGUAUUUAUAGUGGUGUUCAAAAACGUAUUCAAGACAUAGUACCAAAUGCUCAUUUUGUUCAUUGUUGUGCCCACAAUUUGAACUUAGUAAUUUGUGACUCUGCUAAAAGUUCAGACACAGUUAGGCGUUUUUUUAUUACUGUACAAGCAGUUUUCAAUUUUUUUAGCAGUUCAGCUCAUAGAUGGGCUUUAUUAGCAUUAGGAGAUGAAAAUACCUUAAAAGUUCAUAAAACUGUUCUUAAAAAAGUAUGCGCUACACGUUGGAAAGCUCGACACCAAGCUAUAUUUGCAUUAAAAGAAAGAUUUAAUGAUGUCUUGAUCACAUUAACAAAAAUUGCUCUUACAACAACAAAUGGUGAUGAAAGAAAUGUUAGCAAAAGUAUAAGGUCCAAAUUGGAUUCUGUAGAAUUCAUUUUACUUUUAUGUUUAUGGGAAAGAGUAUUGAGAAGUAUGCAAGAUGUUUCAAAAGUAUUACAAAGUGUUGAUAUAAAUAUUCAAACUUCUUGUGAUCUUCUUGAGCAAGCAAUUGGAUCAUUAUCAGAAUUGAGACAAAAUUACAGUGACAUUGUUAAUAUUGCCAAUGAUUUGUGUUCUAAAUGGGGUAUUUCAUCUAAAUUUCCAUCAAAACGCCAACAAUUCGCCAAAUUACAUUUUGACGAAAUCGAUGGUGACAGAAGAUUAAAUGUAACAGAAGAAAACUUUAAAAUAAAAAUAUUUUAUCCAGUUGUAGAUACUGCUUUAGCACAACUAAAAAAUAGAUUUAAAGGAUUAAAUGUAAUCUCAUCGACUUUUGAAUUUUUAAAUCCAACCUUUCUUAUAAGUACUGAAGAAAAUGAUUUAAUAAAAUAUGCAUUUGAUUUUAUUCAACUGUAUAAGUCUGAUGUGACUUCAGAUUUUACUCGACAGUUACUAACUUCAGCUGAAAGAUCUUUUUCCAAACUUAAAUUAAUAAAAAAUUACUUGAGAAAUUCUACUUCUCAAGAAAGAUUAAGUAAUAUAUCAGUAUUAAGUAUUGAAAGAUGUCGUACUGAUGAAAUUAAUAUAAAAAAGAUUAUUACUGAUUUUGCAAAUGCAAAAGCUAGGAAAAAAAUGUUUUUUUAA